AACUUUCAAACUGAGGAGGAAGGACUGCUGCUGCUGAUAGAUGAGGAGGACGAGGAGGAAGAACAUUCAGGAGUUACAGCUUCUACUGAGCACAGACAGGAUAGAGGAAGAUGAUGUGAAGCUUCAGAUGAAGAAAAGUUAAGAGGAAAAAGUAAAAGCAGCUGGGAAUGCUACAAUUCAGCAGAAUCAUGAUGCAAACGCUGCUGUUCUUGGAAACCUGAACAUCUUCAUCAUUUCAUUCCACCUCCUGCAGCCAUGCUGAGUAGGUUCUCCUCAGAAAGGAGGUUGAUGAUUGGAGGAAGGCUGCUGCUGCUCCUCCUGCUGCUCGGGCUGAUGGUGACGAUGGUGGAGGCAGCAAGCAUGGAGGAGCCAGACAACGCAGAGAGUCAGGAGAUCCAGGAGGAAGAGGAGGAGGAGAUGUUGGAACCAACAUCCUCCAAUGGGUCCAGAGUAUCUCCUCGCAGCUCAUGGCUGAUCUUCAGAAGAAACUCCAACAAAGGAGAAAACCGGAGAACCAAAGGCUCCCGGAGAAUCUCAAAGCACGGUCUGCCAGGACCACCAGGGCCUCCAGGACCCCAGGGUCCCCCAGGUCUCCCUGGCCCCCUUCUGCCCCAACAACAGGACCUGAUCCAGGAGAUGAAGCUCAAACUGGCAGACCUGGCCGGUGGAGUGUGUCUGCAGUGCCACCGUCCUCCUCGUGUCUCCACCUCCUUCUUCAGCCGCCUCCUUCAGGCCGCCUCCAUCCCCCGCCGCAGCCUGCUGGAGCUGCAGCCCUUUGGCCAGCCGUCAGAGUCGGAGCGAAGCCUGCAGAGGGGUCCAAGCUUCAACAGCAGCACCGGCAGAUACACUGCACCCAUCUCUGGCUUCUACCAGGUCACCGCCAGCCUCCUCGUAGAGUCUGGAGACCGAGUCCAGGUCCGGCUUAGGGACUGCGUCAGAGCGGCCAUCUGCAUUGAGUCGCUCUGUCAGAGUAACCUCUCUGUGGAGUCGGUGAUGGGUGCGGCAGCUGCUGGAGGAACGUUCAGCAUCUUACUGACAGGAACACUCUACCUGCAGGCUGGAGAGUACGUGUCGGUGUUUGUGGACAAUGCUACCGGGUCGGCCAUCAGUGUCCUGCAGGACUCUCUGUUCUCUGGAAUACUGCUAGGAAUCUGACGUAGAAUCUGACUGAAGAAACCAAAAAGCUGAAGGUUUUGACUCUAUAAACCCAGCCAGUGCUGUUCCCUGAUGGGGCUCGUCUGAAUGGACCCACAAUCUGCUGGGAACAAAUCCCAGUCUGUAUCUCAGACACUAAAGAACUUCCUGGAUCCACAGACCUGUUACUCGCAGCAAUGAGAUUGUGGAUCAGCCUGAACUUAGUCUGGAGAACUGUGGUUUAAAAGGACAAUGAGAACCAUCAGGAGUUUCAGUGGAGGUUACAGAGUUCCCUCGAAUCUGAGAGGAAUCAGAUUAACUGUCUUCCUGAACUAUCAUCAUCCCACCUAGAUGCUUAAGUUCCUGAAGAAUAUUCUGGAGGCCGACAUGGGAUCUCCAUGAACCUUCUGCUUGUAGCUGUCCGCCUUGUUAGAACUUCCUUUAAAGACCAGUACACGUUCUGUGUCCAGCUUGAUGUUUUUACCCUGAUUUUAUCUAAAAGACAGAAUCUCCGGGAUGUUCUGGUUCCAGAUCUUCUUUGUGCUAGACUAAGCUGGAUUUCAGGUUCUUCAGUGUAUUUCAUAGCGUUCCUCCCUGAUCAGAAUUUUCAUUGUUUUAAUAACGUCCGGAGGACCUCCUGUUGAGCUGUAUGCUGAUGAUGACGUUGUUUGCUCCUCAAACCUGUCAGAAAUUAUAAGAUAUCCUCAGUUCUUCACAGCCAACAGCAAUUAGAUUGUGAAGGUAAAGCAUAGUGUUUGUCAUAAAGUCGCUUGGUUCUGAUUAAAGGGAGGGUUUGGAUUUUUAAAGGUGAGGUUCUGUGAAAUUAUCACUGUUAGUGUCCUACCUGAGGGUAUGUCAGUUAGAUAAUAAACUCUGUCACAAGA